AUGUUUACCCCCGCACGGCAAAGCCGCUUUGCCGCACGACAAAGUAGCCUCGCACGGCAAAGAACCUGGAUAAGGUUCGGGACGCGCUCGACUCUCCCCCUCCACACAAAACACACACGCACGCGCGGGCCUCAUUCCCAGCUCGCCGCCGCCGCCAGCGACACGCCGCGCCCACGCCCGCCCGUCCGCCGCCGCCGCGACCUUCCCCCGCCGCACGCCGCCGCCUCGACCUCCCCGCCGCUGCCGGUCCCCCGCCAUCCCGACGACCAGCCCUCCCCCGCCGCUGCGCGUCGCUCCCUAGCCCGGCCCUCCCCCGCCGCUGCCGCUUCCCCCGCCGCGGCAGCUGUUGCUCCCCCCACCGCUGCCCUCCCCGCCGAUGUUGCUCCGCCGUCGCUGCCGCUCCCCGGCCGCGGCCGCUGCUGCUCCCUCGUCCGGCCCUCCCCGUCGCUGCCGCUUCCCCGCCGCCGUUGCUCCGCCGCCGCUGCCGCUCCCCGGCCGUGGCCGCUGCUGCUCCCCUGCCGCUGCCGCUCACCCGCAGCUGCCGGCCCCUCACCCGCACCUGCCGCUGCUGCUCACCCGCCGGCGGCGAGCCGAUAUGUGAUUUUUUUUGCAUAUUAG